AUGCAGAUUAAAGUCAAGACCUUGACAGGCAGAGAUAUCCCUAUUGACGUGGAACCUACAGAUAAGGUGAUACACGUGAAAGAGCUCAUGGAAGAAAAGGAAGGAAUCCCUCCCUCCCAACAGAGAUUGAUUUUCGGGGGAAACUCUCUCAAUGAUGGAGCCACUAUUCAAGAAAGUGGAAUUACUGCCGGUGCUUCGUUGCACUUGGUAUUAACCUUAAGAGGUGGUGCCCGAGUUUAG